CUACGUUCUCGCCCCCAGAGAUAUUUUGGUGUUUGUGGCAUGGGUCCCAGCUUCUAUUUAAAAAAGAUACGGAACUAGCUCUAGCGCCUCGAUGCUUCAAUGAGAACGCACUCGAGAAGUUGCCGGAGCGCAUACAUUCAGGGAUGGAUGAAUAAUGGUAAGGCCAUCAGUGCAAUUGCUGUUACUCCCCCAUUGAGCAUGGCGGAAUUCUGGAAGGAAUCGGCAGAGGUCAGCCACAAGCAGCCGGCACUCGGGCGCUUGUGCAUUUCGGGUGCUGUUUUCGUAUUCGUAGCUGGCAUUGAUUGAUUGGUUGGGACUCAAGUGCGGGUUCUAUUCUUCAGAUCAUGCCCGGAUUUCUGUCGACCAGAUUACCGAGGGUUGAGUCACAAGUUUGGCUCAGAUGACUCUGUUGAGUAGAUCGACAGUUAAGUUGGGGAAAUUCUGUGCAGAUCCUCUGCAGCCUCCGCGCGGAUUCCGAGAAUUCACUGUUUCAGAGCUGAAAAGGAGAGGAGCACCGGACGAUCGGUACUUCUUCGCGGGCAGUAGAGUGUGGCCGAAGUUGAGCAGGUCAGGGAGUAAAUGUUCGAGAACCUCGAGUAGAGUUCUGCCUCGACCUCAUCAAUCAUUGUCACGGAAUUGUAGAAUGGAGACAUUUAGUGCUCAGGACCGAUUCGCUGGGUGCCUCGUAGGCGGAGCGUGUGGAGACGCUUUAGGUUGUGUGGUGGAGGAAUUGCAACGCGCGCAAAUUGUCGCAAAAUAUGGCGAACUCGGAGUCAGAGAGUUUGAAAAGAUUUAUGAUUAUCCGGGAGAAUUCACAGACGACACGCAAAUGACAUUGUUCACGGCGGAAGGAUUAUUAUCCACCAUCUUAUGCAAGCUGAAGGACGAUGAAAGUCUCGCAAACUUCCGAGCAGAGGAUGCUGUGCCGGCCCUCCAUCAGUCUUACCUCAGAUGGUUGGCGUCACAGAAUGAAGAAUCGCAGAGUCCUCUGUUCAAGGAAGUGAGAAAUCUCGGAAUGCUCAUGACCCAAGACAAGCUGCAGCGCAGAAGAGGUCCGGGACAAACAUGUCGGAUGUCAAUAAAGAGCGGGGCUGUAGGCUCCAGCAAGAAUAAGAUCAACGACAGCAAAGGAUGCGGCGGCAUCAUGCGAGUCGCCCCAUGUGGCCUCAUAGUGCACAGCGCUUUUGCCUCUCUGACAUCGGAAGAGAAGGCAGAGCUUGCCUUCAAGCUGGGCAAUGUUGCCGCUGCCAUUACGCACACUCAUCCCUCGGGUUGGCUUCCCUCUGGAUGCCAAGCAGCCAUCAUCUCGUGGAUCUUAUCAGGUGAAUCAUUGGAAGAAGCCAUCGCCAGGACGGUGCCGUUGCUUGAAAAGGAGCCACAUAACGAGGAAACAAUGACCAAGAUACUUUUAGCCCGAGAACUCAGUCGGGAGUUUCUGGAGACUUUCUCGAAGGGAGAUGGAGAGGACUCAGCACUGGAGAAACAAAUGCUCGUUCUCAGACACAUAGAGGCAUUGGGACAUGGCUUUGUGGGAGAAGAGGCCUUAGGAAUAACUCUUUACUGCGCUCUUGUAUGUGGAGAAGACGUCGAGACGGGCAUCUGCUACUCGGUAAACCACAGUGGCGAUUCUGAUAGCACUGGAGCCAUGGUGGGUAAUAUUCUCGGAGCUCUAUUCGGAGAAGCUGCCAUCCCGUCAAAAUGGAAAGACAAUGUUCUACUUGGAGACUUGAUUCGGGAGAUGAGUAGUGAUCUGUUCAGAGUAAGAGAUCCUGAUAGUCGACAAGAGUUAACCGCCAAAUAUCCUCCUCCUAUCGUGACUCACAAAGGAUAAAAGACCUCUGAAGUUGUACCACUCAAAGGAAUGCACGCCGAGCGUGAUGUACCAACUGAGGUCCAAGCCUCCGUAACUUUCACAGAGUGCAGACAAAGUCGUUAAAAGUACGCCAAAGUUCGCAUGUCGAGCACGAGAGUUUGCAGGUCUCAACCUGCAAUCUCCCCGACAGCCAACUCGCAACGACGGAUAUGAACUGAGGCCAGGAUUAUGAACUGGUGUACUUGUUGUGCUUCGUAUCAGCAGUUUCGGACCAAACCGAGCCACACAUGACCUGGACUUUGCAUAGUUGGGUUCUCAGAACAUUCCUGCCCCGAGUUGAGAUUCCUGAUUUAUGGGCAGACGUAAAUUUGAUGAUCGGAACUCGAAGAAGUACGAGGAGAAGCAUGCUACCUUCGACGGAGGCGACACAUCACAAAAGUGACACAGGACGAAUCUAAAAAGCCACAGAGAUCGACAGCCGACAAGACAGAGCUGCACCAGAGUUGCACUAGAUGACGACGGAGGUACAUCUGCUGAAAUGUUUAUCGUAUUUUAGUGAGACUGUAGAUAUGCUCAACACUACCAGCUCGAAUUCUCCCAUGCUUAGAAUCAUCCGAGCCGUCCUUGAACUCAUCUCGUUGGAAAUGCCACCCACUCCUUCACGUGAUCGGUGGAUGGCAAAAAGGACAUAUUCUUCUUCAACUACUCAACGACCUCCAACUACAUGUACCCGCGAUUUCUAAAACCUUUCUCCGUGGUGGACACUUUUGGCCUGUUUGCGUCCACUUCGUCCGUCCAAGAGAGUUGUUGAUCAAAAUUCGAAGAUUCACAACGAAAGCUCAAUCAUCAUGUUCCGAGGACGUCCGUGGCUGCUUAUGGCUUGUACUUCUGGACCUUUUCUUUGGGCACGGAGGGCAUUCAAAUUUAGCGCGCGUGCAUCCGAGCACAUGUACUUCUUUGCCCUCGAUGAGAUUCCAGUUUGAUUUCUUCGGUGGAUUGAGACAGGCCCCGCCAUGAUGUAAAUCCGACUAGGUCGACACCUUCAGAAGAACAUGGAGCCUACAUUCGUUUCUUCAUAGUCUCAAGGCGAUUACAAUGGUUUCUGUCUGCAUGUGUGACAUGUGGUUACUGGUGCCGGAGUAGUUUUUGUGAAAAUUAAUCCUGAAAAGGUGCAGAGCGCCUGUCAUACUUGCAUAAAGCUUCAUAGAUUUGUCGUUGUAAGAUUCCCAGUUGUCAAGAUCGAUAAUGCUCACUGAACGAGAAAGAUUUCAUUACAAUCU